GUACAAUUCCUGAAAUAACUACUCAGUUAAUUUGAGUAUUUGUCAUUUACUUUACACUACUAAUUGUUCAUAAUCAUUUUGUUUACUUUCCCAGAUUCUGUUUGUUUUUUAUUUGUAUUGUUUUCCUGGGUUGAGUUCAGCCGUGUAUCUGGACAACAGUGAUUUUAUUGUGUUCAGUAGGUCCAGCCCAUCAUAAACCAGUCCACAAACAGGUUACAGUACAAACACACCUGACAGACCGAGGAAACAUGAGCAACGAAGGAGGAAAUAGUCGCCGGCGGUCAAACAGGAUCUCAGCUGAGAGAACUGACAAUAAUGAGGGUAAUGAAGGUGCUUGUUCACAGAAUGUUCUGCGUCUGGUUCUGCUGGGAAAAACCGGCGCAGGGAAAAGCGCAACCGGGAACACAAUCCUGGGAGAGAAACGCUUCAAUGAUGAUCUGAGCAUGAGUUCAGUCACUAAAGAGUGUCAGAGAGAAAACACAAGCACUGAAGGACGAAACCUGCUGCUGGUGGACACACCGGAUUUUACAGAAACGGAUAAAACCAUUGAGAAAAUACAACAGUGCCUAUCUUUGAGUUCUCCUGGUCCUCAUGCGUUUCUUCUGGUUAUACCGAUAGAGAGAUACACCGAUGAACAAGAACGCAUUGCAGAAAUGAUUCUGGAGAUGUUUAAUGAAGACAUCAGCCGAUACACCAUCCUCAUAUUCACACACGCUGACAGACUUAAUGGAGGAUCCAUUCAAGAGUUCAUUUCAAGACAAAACGGAAAGAUACAGGAGCUCGUGGAGAGAUUCGGAAGCCGUUUCGUGGCUUUCAACAACAAAAACUCUGAAAACCGAGAACAAGUGACACGACUCCUUCAGAAAGUGGAUGAACUGAUGAUCCAGAAUGAAAACCGUCACUUCAGCAGUGAGGUUACACAGAUAAUGCAGCAGGCUCAGAGGAUUAUAGAGGAGAGAGUGCAGAAAAUGAAGGAGGAGGUGAGGAGAAUGGCUGAUAAUCGCUGGGCUGCAUUCAUUGCAUCACUAAAUAAAGAAAAACAAGAAAUGGACAGAGAAAAGAAAUGUAGACAAGACAAGAUCAAGCAGAUUGAGGCGGAUAUAAAGAAGGAAGAACAGAAAAUACAGCAGCUCAGGGUGAAUCUGUGGAAUGAGCAGCAGCACAUGAGAGGAUUUCAGGAGAGAGAAAGAAUUGAGGAGGAGGAGAGAGAUAGAAGACAAGAAGAAGAAAAAAGGAAAAUUGAGAUCUGGGUCCAGGAGGAGGAGCAGAGGAGGCUGGGGGGAGAAGAAGAGCAGCAGAACAAUUCAGAGAAAUACAGGAAGAUUCUGGUGAUGCUCUCUCUGUUUUUGAUGGGUGUUGGAGCUGGAUAUGCUCCUGCACUCUUGGCAUUUCUGUUUCCUGCGGCUCCGGUGGCUGAAGCUGGAUUGGCGGCCCAGAUUUUGGCCGACUUGUUGGGUUCAGGAGCUUUUGUAAAUGCAGGUUUUGCUUUAAAAUUCACUGCAGCCGCCAUGGCUGGCGCUGCUAGAGUGGCAUCGAUGACCCAAUGCACCAUCCAAUGAUCCAUUCACAUGUGAAAACCAUGCAGAGUCCUCAUUUAAAAAUCACAGUUAUGCUCCUUUAGUUCUUUUUUAAUCAUUGCGUGCUGUCGGGUUGUUUUCAUCCACUUUGGGCUGGUUUUGGGUCUUUAUUUGGCCACAGAGUUCUCUGUGUUUCAGCAAAUGGGAUGAUUUCUGCUGACUAAUCUUAUUUUAAGUAAACAUAGUAAGUGUAUUUACACACACACACACACACACACACACACACACACACACUAUAAUCUGCUGUUUUACUUCACUAUACAUAUAAACAGGAACUCCAUACAAAUCAACAGGAAAAAUGACCAAUGUUACCUCUUCUCAUCAGGGAAAACCAGCUCAAAUCAAGAAUGCAUGAUUAUAUAAUCAUUACAACCAUUAAAUGUGAUAAUAAUGAAAGUCAAUGGGGCAAAAACAGCACCAACAUCACCAAAGGGUAGUCAAUUUGAACAAUACACAAGGGUUAAUCUCUAAAGUUGUAUUAUUACACAAUUUUUCAAUCCAGUAUCAUUGAAACUACGUGCCUCAGCCGACAUUUACAUACAUUAUACAAAACAUAAAUACGUUGCUCCUGGUACAUUUUGUUACAGGUUUCAAAUGACAAAUCCACUAGAGGGCGCUGUCUAUAUUUCCAAAAAUCUGAAAUGCGAUGUUUGGGUUUUGUUUUGUAUUUAUCUGAUGAUAAAUCCACUAGAGGGCUCUGUCUGAAUCUAAAAUACUUCACUUCUGUACAUUUUGCCGCACGUUUCAGAUGGCAAAUCCACUAGAGGGCGAUGUCUACAUUUUUGCGAAUCUAAAAUAUGUUAAUUGGCGUAAGUUUUGUUACUUUAGGUAUGUUUUGUUGUUCAAUUCAGACGCACAUCCUUCUUGUACAUGAGAAGACGGAGCUUGUCUUACAUAUCAGCUAGCGAACCGCUGAGCUAAACCCUUCGCUUAACCCAACCAAUAGUGUUUUCACAAGCAGACAUAAAAUAAUAUUGCAUCUUGGUUACAUAAUUUUACGUUGAUUUUAUAUUGCAUUUACCUGUUCUGUGGUAGAGUGACCAUACAAAGUGAGCUACGAGAAAACUGACCACACCUGAAAAGUUGUUCAUAUGAAGAUAGAUAGGUGACGCAAACAUAUUUAUAGACAGCAUUAAGUCGUUUUGUGGUGUUUUUGUGUGUGUGUGUUUGUGUGCGCGCGCAAAGCAUUAAAAAUAAUCCUUUAUUCAUAGAUAAUACGUCCCUGUAAAUAUCAUUAAUGUGAAAAGGAACAAAAUUGUCUGUCGUCAUACAGCCCCCUAGUGUUUAUUUUACCAGAAACCUCAAUUAACGUGUGUUAAAGUACAUUUUUGCAGUUUUUACAAAAGCGUGUAUUUCCAAUGAGCCUGUGUUACAAGUGUUUUCUUCUGAUAAUUGUAUAGUUCACCCAAAUUUACAAUUCUUUCAUGCUUUAUUUGUUCUAAACAUGCUUGAAUUUCUUUCUUCUGUGAUCAUGUUCUUCAGUUUUUGUGCACCUACAAAUAUUCUCACAUCCAUUUUUGCUGAUUAUUUAUACAUAUAAUAUUAAUGAAUUACAUAAAUCUAAAUAAAAUCAACCAGAAUGUGCGUUUGUGUAGCACGAGGUAUAGCUAUAGUCUGUUACAUAAUUAAUAUUUUUACAUUUUAAAACGUACCUUCAAUUUGGCCUAUCAAUAUUAAGCUAGUAGUUUUGUCUAUUGCGUUUGUAAAUCUGUUAUUCCUCUUGAUUUGUAUGACUUCUUAUGUGUAGCACUUUGGUCAGUCUUGUGGCUGUUUUUAAAUGUGCUUUAUAAACAAAUGAACUU